GUUGAGUUUUCCAUUUUGAAAUCAAUGAGCGUGUCAGCUGAUUCUAGUUGUUGCUUUGCACUUGAUAUUCUUGAUCCUAUUGUUCCUUUGGACAAGUUGCAGGAAGAUGAACUUGAGAAUCAUGCUUAUGAGAGUGCGGAAGUUUGCAAGAAGCGCACUAAUCUUUUUCAGCACAAGUCCAUUUUAAGGAAAGAUUUUAAACCUGGAAUUAAAGUGUUAUUGCUUGACUCUCGUUUAAGAUUUCUUCCAGGAAAAAUAAAGUUUAAGUGGACUGGACCGUUUGUGAUUCGCCGAGUUUUUCCCGAUGGUGCAAUUGAGCUUGAAAAUCCAAAAUCUGGGAAUAUUUUUAAAGUGAAUGGUGAGAGAGUGAAGAGAUAUUCAUGUAGUGAAGAUUCAGUGGAGCAAGUUGAGAGUCUUGAACUGCUUUGGGAGCACUUUUGUUCAUGCAUUUAAUCACCUGUUUAAAAAAAAUCAAAAAAAAAAAUUCAAAAAAAAAAUCAAAAACAAAAAAAAAUCAUUUUCUUAAUUCUGUUUCCCCCUCCCCAUCCCGUGCUUUUCUUUCUUUGUUUCUUUCUGUUUUGCAGGUUAUAUUUCAAGCGGUUUUAGUUUUUCAUUUGAAGUGCAUUCAGGGAGUUCUUCUUCACCUUUCUCUUUUUAUUAAUCUUUCAUUGAGGACAAUGUUUGAAAUAAGUGUGGGGGAGGAGUUGCUCUCAUUCGUUUAAUUUUAAUAUAGUUGUGAAAAUUGCAAAAAAAAAAAAAAAUCAGAAAAAUGCCAAAAAAAAAAAAAACAGUUUUCUUGCUUGGAUUUGAGGGAAGUUUAAUUUCAGGAUUACUUUUUGGUUUCAAGUUGUGAAAAUUUUCCCUUUCAUUGGUAUGUGGUAUGAUUGGUGGUCUCCAUGAUAGGUAUUCUCUUGAAUUUGAUUGAGUCCUUCACAUUGUUUUUACUUGGAGUCAAUUUCUUAGCCUCUUGUGCCAUUAAUUUGGAUGUAUUUCCGAAUUCCUUAUGAUCUUUUAGGAUGAAUCUCUAACAUUCUAGGAAAGAGUGUGAGUUCUUUGACUUUUAGUUAGCAUGAUAGAACUUGUCUUGUUGCUCUUUUGGAAGCUAAGUUAUUGUGCAAAUUGACUGAGAAGUGAUCUAGGCCAUUUUUCAUAACCCGAAACUUUUUAGCCUACUAUACCCUUUGCAUUUUAUUUCCACUUGCUACCCCCCAUGAGCCUAAGUGGUCUUAAAGCAUUCUACCGUGCUUUUGACUAAUAAUUUCUUUGUUAUUACCCAUCAAUAUUGACCCGAGCCCAAAUAGCCAAAAUUUAUCCCUCACCCUUGAGUUGACAUUUUUUUUUUUACUUAAAUUGUGACUUGGAAGAGUUUUCAUCUUAUUGGAGCAAUUUUUUUCCGGCUGUUUGUAUAUGUAAUUUUGUUAUGGCAGCUUGACAUUUCCUUUUAGAAGUAGUGUUGAUGUAGCAUUCAAAAAAAAAAAAGAGCUGAAAAAAAUACAAAAAAAACAGAAAAAAAAAGUGAAAAAAGACAAAAAAAAAAAAAGAUGAGUUCAGUUGAAGUUUGUAUUCUUUUCACUUUAUGUAUGUAUUCCAUUGUCUUAGAAGCCGGUUGAUUGUUGUAAUAGUUUUUUUUUGUGCUCCUUUACCAUAUUUUUGAACUCUUCCUAUGAUCAGUUUAGUACAUAAAAUGUCUUCUCCUUUGUUUGAAUUCCCAUAUCCUUUCUUUCAUUAGACCAUUAUUGCUCAUGGCCACGUUACAACCCCAAUAAUAGUCCUAAGUGAUCUUGAUUAGUUUGUGCUUUGAUAAGGUGGAAGAAAGAGCAUAAGAUGACAAUAGAGUGUUGACUGAUUGGCUUAGGACUUUGCAUAAUUUCUGUGAAUGUUACUUGAGCAUUUCACUAGGUCAUUUAGAAUUGUAAAAGACAUCUCUAUUAAUGACAUGUGAGUCUAGUUGAUUGGCUUUUGAGUUUGAGUUUGUGGUGGAUACUUGAUUUGAAUUUCUUGAGUUAUCUUGUCAUGGAUGAAGGGUUUGUUGGAAUGCUUGGUGAGUGAAGGGAAUUUUGAUCACUUGUUGCCGAAUUUGUUUCUUGAUAUUAAUUUUUCCUUGAGGACAAGCAAAAUGCAAGUGUGGGGGAGUUUGAUGAGCUAGAAUUUGUGCUUCAUUUUUAUAUUAAUCUAUUAUAAUUCUAAGCUUAUCAUUUGCCUAAUUGAGAGGUUUGAGUUAUAUUUUGUGAUAAAAAUGAUUUUUGCAGGUAAAGAUUUCACUUUAAGGAUUUCAUGAUAUUUUGGGCUAAAUUGAGAGAAAUAAUAUCAUUUCAAUUGGAGUUGCAAUUAGGACACUUUUGGAAGACUACGUCUGCUCCUCAUUUUAUUGGGACGGACCAGCCUUUUAAAGGAAAAAAAAAGCCCAGCAAAGAGGACCAGCAACCCAAAAGCAACCCAAAUAAAAUGGGAAAAGAGAUCUUUUGGGGAGGGCUGCACAGCUCUCACGGCGGCGAAGAGCCAAGGCCGGACGGGAAGAUAGCGACGCAACAGCCAAGAGAAGAGCAGAAUAAGCCAGACAGGGAGAAGAAAUCAGGGUCAGUUCGAAGCUCUUCAAUUGGCGUUCUUCUGCGUGAGUCAUCAAAGAUUGAGUAACGACUAAUACUCUUGCAAAAUUCUGGUUUGAUUCACCGAAGACUACUUGUUUUGCUCCUUAUUUCCGAUUUUUCAUUGUUUUAAUAAAUAAGACUUUGUCAAGUUGAGGAUGGAACACAAUUACUUAGUGUUAACCGUGAACAUGAAUCAAGUGAACUUUCUUUUUCCUUCAGUUUCAAUAAUUUGCAAUUGUGAUAUGAGUAGCUAAAUUUUUAAGUCCUGGAUUAUGAUGAAGUUGCUAUGAUUUAGUAUACAUUGUGAUUUUAGUUAAGUCAAUUGAUUGAGUUUUAUCCAUUGUUCUUAUUCGCUUAAUUUCUUGUGUUAACUUCUGGCCAACUUUAGCAUGAUUGAUUGAGUUUUUGAGUGGAUUAAUAGAGUACAUGUCAUGCCUAUUAGUUCGAGCUCUUUUGGAUAAAAGAAUAGAUAAUUGAACUGUCUUGUUGAGUUAUCUAUUUGGUUCUUAAAUCGGGUUUCCGUAGUUCUUUUGUGAUUAAUGGAUUUUAACUAUUGAAUUAAUAAUUUCCUUUUAAUUAAUAGUUAAAGUACGUGACUUAUUCUGGACGCCAUACGGGAUAGUCAUAUGUUUGUCUAGAACGAACCCUCAAUUCUAAUUGGCUAACUAAAUCACAAAUACUAAAAAUUAGUGACUGAUUCAUAAUCAUGGACUAUCUUUUCUCUUGUUAAAUUCUCAAUCAAUUUUACGUCAGUUGUUUGAUCACUUUAUUUUUAAUCAAUUGAAUUCCUUGCAUCCAUUUUAAUUCAAGCUUUACUUUUCAGUUUCAAAUCAAAACAC